AUGAAGAAAGAAAAGGAUCUUGAGAUAGCAGCGAGGAUUGGACAGUCUUUACUCGAAUUGAAUCGUGAACUGAAGACCAGAAAUGAUUUUUUGGAAGAAUCGUUGAAUACAAGUAAUGAAACAAUUGUACAAUUACGACAUGAGCUGCAACUCAGGACCAACUUAUUGCACGCUUACGUUGAAAACGAGGACGAGCUGGAUGCUAAUUCAAUGGAGAGCGUUGAUGGUUUACAGUGGAAGGUCAAGAAACUGGAAAAUGAGAAUGAGAACCUUCGGGCUGAGGCUUUACAACUGAAAAAGCUUUCCUCCGGGUUAGAGGAAACUGAGCGUUUACAUAUAAAUGAGUGUUCUAAAAACCUCGACAUAGCAAAUGAAAAGAUCAGCCAGUUAAAAGUUUUAUUAUCGGAAAAGAGCGCUGAAUGUGCAACUCAGAAUGCGGAAGUAGAGCGGUUGAUGAAAAUCGUUACAACGCAUAGUUCGCGCGAAAAGUCGUUGGCUGCUGAAAAUGCAGAUUUACGAGAACAGAUUGAUGAAACAAUGGUGGUGUAUGAAGAGUUGUCGAAAGAUUAUGCAGAUCUCCAAGAAAAGUACACUGAAGUUCUUAGUAUGUUGCAAGACGCGGAUGAAGAAUUAAAAACAGUACGGAGGAGUAUGGGCAGAAACCAUACUAUGCGUAAUUGCAGUAUUGGAAGUAUAGAUUCAUUGUAUGAUUCGUUGGCAAGCGAGUUGGAAACUUCUGACAGUGGUUUAUGUAGCGGAAUUAACUCAUCUCGCGAGACUCGAAAAUCGGUUGAGGCGACAAGUAAGUUUCCUUGUCUUCAAUUCGAGCUGGAAAGUGCUUGUUCCGUUGAAGCUCAGAAGAAACAAGCUGUGUCAGAGGCUGGUAUUUUUCUUUUACGGUCUACCACAGAUACCAACCCAUCAACUUCUGUAAACAACAGCUUCCUUGUAAAACCAGAAAUAAUACUUGAAGAGCCUUGUGGUUCUGAGAAAGAGUUGGAAGCUGUAGAGUAUUCUACCUUUUGCUGUAGAACUGAUGAAUUAUCAAAAUCACCUUCAAAUGACUCGCUUGCUAGCUAUGAAGGUCCCAAAUUUGGUGAACCUGGGAAACCUGGGACAAGGGAUCUUGAUUUCUCCUUAAAAAAGCGAGGAAUUAGGAGAGAAAUUGAACAGGAAUAUGCCAGAUUUAGGCUACAGAGGGGACUUUCGUCGUUGAAUUUGCCAUUCUUUUCAGUACCGUCUCUUGAGAAGUUAAUGCAGAAAAGCCCUCCCUUCGGUAUAGAACUUACAAAUUUUGGAGCUAAUACGCUUAACAGUAACAGAAUGGAGAUCUUAGCAAAGUGGAAGUGUUCUACAUCCAAGGGUUUGGUUGAGCCACUAGAAUUGGGCGACUCACAAACUGCUGUCCUGUCUCGCGCUAGCGCUCGAAAUUUCUACUCUUCAGCUUCAAAGCUUGCAACCUUCGUGGGAAACCGGUCAAAUUUUGGAGAAAAAGGUAUCGUUUAG